UUUAAGCUCAAGAACUUGCCUUGGAUUGAAACCAUGACCAUUACUUCCACAAAGCCUAUUGAGCUUGAAGAUCCACAAAACGAUAUGCAGCGUGAAUUGGCCUUUUACCAACAAGCCCUUGAAGCAGCUAAACUUGGUAGAGAUCUUGUCAAGAAAGCAAAUGUUGAAUUCUCUCGACCUGAUGAUUAUUUUGCAGAAAUGCUCAAGAGCGAUGAACACAUGGCUAAGAUUCGUCAAAAAUUGUUGGAUGAAAGUGCUGCCAUCAAGGCUUCUGAAGAAGCUAAGCAUCAACGUCAACUCAAGAAGUUUGGUAAGAAGGUGCAAGUAGAAAAGCAAUUAGAAAGACAAAAGCAAAAGACCGACAUGCUCGAAAAGAUCAAACUGUUAAAGAGAAGUAAGUUG